GGCGCGCACCCCGCGCUGAGCUCCAGUGGAACGCCAGGCCGACGCUUUCAGCCUUGUCCAACCUCGUCUCGGUCUCCGCCAAUCCCAUCCGUCGAAACCUCAACCUUACCACCAUCGUCACCGCAACACCACCCCGAGCGCGCCUCCGCGACGACCAUCCCGAUCACGGCCACGGCCACUAGAAGCACCUCCUCCAUCCUUCGCCCUCUACCCGCCAGCGCCAUGGCGGCCGAAACGCCCAAGCUGCUCUGGAACCCAGACAAUGUCAAGGACGUCGCUGAAUCGGUCGGCAUCGGAUCCCUCAACGACGAGGCCCUCAAGUCCCUGACGCAGGAUGUCGAAUACCGCAUCGGCCAGGUCAUUGUCGAGGCUCUGCGCUUCAUGCGCGCCUCCCGCCGCACCACCCUGACCGUCAACGACAUCUCCCUCGCCCUCAAGGCUCUCGAUGUUGAGCCACUCUACGGAUACGAUUCGACACGGCCCUUGCGCUAUGGGGAGGCGAGCCUCGGACCAGGCCAACCCCUCUUCUACAUCGAAGACGAGGAGGUCGACUUUGAAAAGCUCAUCAAUGCGCCCCUGCCCAAGGUCCCGCGCGACAUGAGCUUCACCGCGCAUUGGCUCGCCAUUGAAGGUGUUCAGCCCUCGAUCCCCCAGAAUCCAACUACCUCCGAAUCACGAUCGCAAGAGCUCCUACCCAAGGGUCCCGGUGCUAACCCUGCACUGUCCGCCCUGGCUGGCAACGACAAUGUCACCAUGAAGCCCUCUAUCAAGCAUAUCGUGAGCAAGGAGCUCAUCCUUUACUUUGAUAAGAUCCAGGCCGCCAUCCUCGACGACAACCCCGAUGAGGAGGUCGUACGGUUACGCCAAGCCGCUCUUGGCUCUGUGAGAGACGACCCCGGUCUGCAUCAGCUCAUCCCCUACUUCAUCAACUUUAUCAUGGAUCGCGUUACACACCACCUUGACGAUACCUUUACGCUCAAGCAAAUGAUGGAGUUGACCAAUGCCCUGAUCGAAAACAAAAGCCUCUUCCUGGAUCCUUAUGCCAGCCCGCUCUCCGCGCCGGCCCUCACAUGCCUCAUGGCCCGAAAACUCGGUACCGACGAGGGAACGGAUGCCAUCCGGGAGCAGUAUGACCUGCGACAGCUUGCCGCUUCACUGGUUGGACGAAUCGCCCGAAAGUAUUCGGCUUCCAAUACUCUCCUCCGGCCAAAGCUCACGCGGACGUGUCUGAAGUACUUCCUCGACCCCACCAAACCCCCGGCCGUCCUCUACGGCGCCAUCCACGGUCUCCUCGAGGCUGGCGGCCCUGAAGCCAUUCGAGUCCUUGUCCUCCGAAACCUCAAGAGCUUUGAUUCGGCCAUCCUGCAGCCUCUCAAGGAAAAGGCUGAAGGAACUAUGGAUUACGAGAUGCUAGUACAGGGCAUUGUCCAGGCCGUCGCGUCUCUAUCGCAGCAUGGCGAGCCAGGUGUCAAUGGCGUCAAUGGCACAGCAGCGGAUACGGAAGAAUCGGAUCUCAAAGAGUUCAUUGGACCUAUUGUGGGACAGACAAUCGCCUCGGCAGGCAACCGGAGGCUGAUCAGGACGAUCUUGGAUGCUCGAUUUCUGGAGUAGGCAACUGAUAAUGACAAGACCAGGGCGAAUGGCGUUUGGGCAGCGGCUUCAUCAAAACGGCAGGCAGGGUGUGACGAGAAUAUUACGUAGUUUCACAAAUGAUAAAUUGUUUGCAUAGUUUCAGGAAUGCCAUCACCGUCGAGAUUUCC